UUGUGUGGAAGCUUAUUUCCGCUUAAUCGUGACCUCACAUUUCUCGCAGAUUUAAGUUUAUAUCUUGCAAUUUCAGCUUUUUGACUCACAAUAAUAAUAAAUUUUAUUUAUAGCGGAAAGCGCUACAUUUCGAAACUCGCAAUUGCAAGUUACUAAAUAAAUACUGACUUUUUCUCAAUUGCGAGUUUAUACCUCGCAGUUCUGACUUGAUUUCUUGAAUUUUUUAGGUUUUCGGGCAACUCGCGUAAAUCUCAGAAUUGUGAGAUAUAAGCCGUUUAUACCUAGCCAUUUUAUUUCUUGCAAUACUGUCUUGCAAUUUAAAAACUCCCAAUUCUGAAAAAAAAAAUAUAAUAAAUGAAUGGGAACACUUGACAAUAAGAUUUGUUAGUUAACAUUUACUAAUAAUAAACUGCACAUACAGCAUUUAUGUUAGUUACUUUAUUAACUAUAAUAAACAGUAAUUCAACAAUGAGCACCUGUGUGUUAUUAACCAACGUUAACAAAGAUGAACAAAUACAGUAACAAAUCUAUUGCUUAUUGUUAGUUAAUAAUGAACCUUACUGUGAAAAAUAGAGCGUUCUGAUUGGUCGACGACAGGUUUCCAUCGCUGUCGCUAAAAUAAACCCGGCGGUGUUUAGGACCCAUUCGCCCUGCAGUCACUGCGCCAGGCAGAAUCAAACCCUCCAAAAUCCUCAAUAUAUCCAUGCUAAUUCAUUGACUGCAAGAGGAGCAGCAGUCUAGUUUUCCUCGCAUUGUUUGCCCAGUGCAUCACGCGUGUCCUGAUAGAUAGGCGGAAGAAGCGCGAAACCAUCGACUGACCUUCUGUUUAUAAUUCCGAUGAGUAUUUCGUGCUCGUGCGUCUCUUCUCGCGCACGCGGAGGUCAGUUAGUCACGUAUGAUGCUCAUAUGAACGACCUGUAAUACCGACGCGAUUAUUCCUCACUGCGAUCAUUUAAAGCUGCAGAGAUGUCAGUCGUGUCGAUUCAGUGCCUGAUGUUUGGUUCAGUAUUCCUGGUUCUGGUGUGUGCCGAGGGCCUGAGUGCCGGUCCAGAGCUCCUCCCCAAUCCUCUCCGCUCCCACGGGCCGGUUCUGGAUGUUCCCGUUGGCUUUGAGGAGCGCGAGGAGGUCUCGAGGGACCGUAAACCUGGAUUCGUGGAGAGUUCUCAGGAGAGCUCUGGGUUUGAAGACAGCGAGGAUGGCAAGAGCGCUCGCGCCGAGACCAAAGACAGCGGCGCCAUGAAUGAGCGCUGUCUGAUGCCCAGGAAGGUUGGACCGUGUCGUGGGUCGUUCCCUCGCUGGCACUUUAACCCCGUCACUAUGAAGUGUGAAAACUUCGUAUACGGCGGCUGCAAAGAAAACCUCAAUAACUUCUUGUCGCGGGAGGAGUGCGCCAAAGCUUGCCACACAGUCUCUGAUUACAGCCCUUCAUCUCCAGAACCGCCAUCUUCGCCACUUCCUCUGAGUGAAAAGCCCAGUGAGACCAACUCCUCUUCUUUGCUCUUCAUCCCUACGGCUGAGCCCGUAGACCCGGAGCAAUGGGAGAGUGAUUCUGAAUCUAGCGGUUUCCCCCUCCCGCCCUCCCCCGGCCCAUCAAGAGCAGGUGCUGAAGACCGCGCCCCCUUUACAGCCACGGCCACGCCCCCUUCCCUCGGUCUGUCCCGUCAGAACCGAGAAGAGGCCACAGCCGGACCUGACAAACGCCUGGCGUCCCAGGACCCGUUUGAUGACGAGAGGGCCCGUGAAGUCACGCAAGCACCCACCGCUCCAGAAAUCGGGCCCCUGCCCAGCCGGGAGCCCCUGCAGCCUGACGUUCAACACCGGGACGAUUCUGAGGAAGAGGAGGAUGAGGAAGAGUUGGUGGUUUUCCCCACUGAACCGGAAGAGGAAGAGUCUGACUGGCGGUACCUCACGACCGGGCCCUCGUCCUCCCCCGCCUCGGAUCUGCCACCGUUGGUCUUCACUGAACCUGCCUGGCAGGGGGCGGAGCUAACCACGGCAGCGGACGAGGAGGGGGCGGAGCUUCGGCACGGCGGCACCGAAUAUCUUGCCGAAACCGAGCUCCACGACUCAGAGCUGUCCCAGGAGGCCGAGCAGGUGAUUUGUGUCGACUGGAGCAACCUCGCAGGAAAGGGCUACGUUAUACUCAACAUGACGGACAACUUUGACUGUGACGAGUUUCGUAUGGAGAGUGGCGACAGACUUCUGGAGAUGCUGGAAAACACUUUCUCCAGAAAGCUGAACAUCCCACAAGGAUCCUGGCUCAUUUUCCUCAGCAAACCCACACAGCAGGACCACCAGCUCCUGAUGGCUGUAGCCAGCGAGCAGGAUAUCAUAGCCCCAAAAGAGGUCCUGUCAAUGCUGGGGGAAAUCAGAAGAGGUUUAUAUGAGAUUGGAAUCCAGAAUUAUUCCACCGUCAACACGUGCCACUCGAGGCCCAGUCAGACGCGCAGCGACUACGGGAAGCUGUUUGUGGUUCUAGUGAUCAUCGGAUCAGUGUGUGUGCUCAUCAUUGCUUCUGGAAUCAUCUAUAUCUGCUGGCAGCGCCGCUUACCCAAACUCAAGAACAUGUCGCGAGGCGAAGAGCUCCACUUUGUGGAGAACGGUUGCCAUGACAACCCCACACUGGACGUAACCAGCGACAGCCAAUCAGAGAUGCAGGAGAAGAAACUCAGCGCCAAUGGGGUAACGGCGGGCGCGGACGGCGGGAGCGGUUGGCAGGUUCUCGUCAACAAGCCCGGGAAAGAGGAGGAAGACAACCAAGAGGAAGACACCCACCUUUAAUCCCGGAAAACAAUCAUCAAAACGGCAUGGGAAAGCAGCAUCGCAUUAAAGACUAUGAAGGCACUAAACAUUUUCAAGCUUUUUCCAAACAUCUGCUGUUUAAAAUGUUAUGUCUUUUGGCGUGUAUGACGUAUUUCUUUGUCGACAUUACUAAAUUCAGACGGACUAUAAUUUUACUAAAGUGCUUUAAUGCGAGUUAUAUAUGAUAUGGGACAAUUUUCAGUGCAGGAGCUAGUCAUUAGUAUUGAUUUCAAUCGAAUGUGUCAAACAAUCAGUAGGACAUUUUAGAUUUUAAAACGUUGUUUGAAAAUUGUUCCUUGCACUGUUGAAGCAAUAGUUCACCCUAAAAACAUGAAAUAUUUCGUUUUAAUCUACCACAUGUUGUUCCAAACUCCUGUUUUUCUGUGAGGGAAAAAUAGAAUUUAGAAGGAACUUAAGUUAAUUUCCACACAACAACGGACGUCAAGUUCCAAAAAAAAAAGUAGAAUAUAUUGGCUUGUGUGCUGUAUUACAAGACAUCUAAAGUAAUUAGACUUAAGUAAUUCUAUUGAACUUCCCUUUUUGCGUAGCUCCACAUAUUUCUAUGGGAUUGCUGUCGAAGAGUAAUAAGCUGGUGGAGUUAAUGAAGGUUUGAACCCAGAUAGCACAAGGCUAUUUGAUUUGCUAUUUACAUCUGGAAUACGUAUUUUUAAGAGCGUUUGCUCAUCUGCAA